AUGGCCGCUGCCGCUUUUAACGUCAUUGGCUUAAUUUUCGGUGUUGUCUCUAUGGCUCCGAUGCUCAAAUCAAUGCUGCCUGAUAGAUCCGAUAGCGAGACAACCAUCCGGAUCGGCGUUGGCACCAGCAUCAGAGGGAGCGAUGCUACUAGCGGCAACACACCUGGCAUUCGCAUCUUUGAUGUCAUGGGCCGCGACAUUGGCGAAGCCCGUGGCAGCAAGAAAGUCAUUAGCGACGGUGGUUUCAAAGACAUUAAAGUUUCUGCCAGCUCUAAGGAGCAAGGGCGCCAGGCACAGUACAUCUCAGUUUCCAAGGGUGGAAACGACGCACUCUGCAUCUCCUAUAUCUCCGUAACGUGGCCAGAUGGCCAACAGAAGGCCUGGUAUGGAGACGUGGGAUACCAGUGUGGCGGUUAUUGGUAUAAUUCCCAGACGAUCAUUGGUGACGACAACUACCAACCAAAAUGUGUGUGGAUUGACGGCGACGAUUCAAACGGCAUCACCACUCAGGGCAUGGGCAUCCAUAUUACCGACUUUACUGCGACCAAGGAGCGUGCCAAGGCGUAUGCUGACGAUCCGGAUACCAUGUGCAAGAGCAAGCCGCGCUUCAAACUUUACGACGACCUGAAAAGCGACUAUUUCCUCCCCUAUUUCAACCCUCCUUUGGAAUACGACCAAAACCUCGUCGACAUGGAUAGGGAGAAGGUUCUUGUCAAUGGUGCCUCGACUGGAAAGCUUCCUCCGAAGAACAAGAAGCGCAGCCCCCGGGAGCGUCGUGCCCUUGUGACCAAGCGUCAUGUUUUCCCUGGACAGUUGAUCACCAGCGGCAACCCCGCCCACAGUGCCAUGGAGCUCUGCAAUAGCGGUAACUCUGUGGGUCCUGACUUUGUGUCUCACCACGAGGGUCUGUUCUGCGACAUGUCCGAGAAGGAAUUGUGGCCUCUUUGCUCGACCGUCAUUAAGACCGGCUGCUUUGACACUACUAAUAACACUAUGAUUGCCAAAGCCAAGUCUCGAAGGGACGAUAGCACCGGGCGUAUCGUUCCACAAAAGGAUUAUGUUGAUGUUUCAUCCUGGUAA